CACCCGAUCGAUCGUUCAUUUUGAGCCACCAUCGAAAUUUUACCAACUGGUAUCUCAAGUUCCUCAGACUCUUAUUAGUGAUUGUAUUUAAGUGAACUCCUGGUUGUGUUUUUAGAUACUGUACUACUCAGUACUUAUUUUUACUGAAUACUUUUUUUUACUUGUUCAGUGUUUGGUUUUUUUAAAAUUUUUUUGGUUUAAAUCCGAGUUCUGUGGAAAUUUAGCAUCCGCGGCUUGAGAUGACGGUGACUACAAACUUUUCUAUGAUGAGACCAUGUUUAACUGGAUAUCCUUAUCAAGAUCUCGGAUCAAUACCAGGACAGGGGCGAGUUAAUCAAUUGGGUGGCAUUUUUAUUAACGGAAGGCCGCUGCCGCACCAGGUGAGGAUAAAAAUUAUCCAGUUGGCACACUCUGGAGUUCGACCUUGUGAUAUAUCUAGAAAGCUACGGGUCUCCCACGGAUGUGUGUCAAAAAUCCUGAACCGGUACCAAGAAACCGGCAGCGUCCGUCCCGGAGUAGUCGGCGGCAGCAAGCCACGGAUCACUACUCCAGAAAUUCAGAACCAAAUAGAAGACUAUAAACGUAAGAAUCCUUCAAUAUUUUCUUGGGAAGUCCGCGAUCGUUUGAUCGAGGAUGGUAUUUGUGAUCGUACUACAGUUCCGAGUAUUCCAGCAAUAUCGCGGAUUCUGCGCAACCGAGAUCCUCAAGAAGAGGGCGCCGUUAAAUUACCCGACGGCAGGACAAGUUCAGGAUCCGACUGCGAGAGCGAACCAGGACUUCCGCUGAAACGUAAGCAGCGCCGGAGCCGAACAACUUUCACAGCACAACAACUAGAUGAACUUGAGCAAGCAUUCGAGCGAACUCAGUACCCGGACAUUUACACCCGCGAGGAGUUGGCGCAGAGGACCAAGUUGACGGAAGCGAGGAUCCAGGUCUGGUUCAGCAACCGCCGGGCCAGACUGCGCAAGCAAAGCGCGUCUAAUAACUCAAAUUUCAUGAGUUCCACUUAUCCAGCCAGCAGCUCCUACAUCCUGCAUCCACCAGCAUCCUCGGGUCACUCCGCAGCCACUGCUGCUGCCACAGCAGUCGCGAGUCUCCCGAGUCAUCCAAUGCAGACUCACAGCCAAGAGUCCGCGUUUACUUCUUCUGCCCAAGAUCUCUACCCAACGCAUUCUUACCCAUCACUUCUGACCCCCGGAUCAUCGGGCCAUCAGCAUCACCAGCAGCCGUACCAGCAGAGUCACCACCAUCAGCUUCCGCCGACCCCCAAUUCCCUCAUGAUGCCGGACCAGUUGUCCUCCUCCACUGACUUGUCCAUCGGCUCGGUCUCUCCCAUUCACCCGCAUCCCCAUUCUCACCCUCAUCCCCACCCCCACCCCCUUCACCCUGACCCUCAUACUCAGCAUCAGCACCAGAGGCUCCAGGCUCAGAUUCAGAGCCAGGCUCAGGCUCAGGCUCAGGCUCAGACUCAUCCCUCGCAGCCGAGCCAGGGCGAGUCGCCACCAGCUUGGAACUUUCCCAUCAACGCGCCUCGUCACAGUCCCCCGGCUCUACAGCAUCCUUACCAUCAUCAUCAAUCUUUCGGUGGCUACCCACCGAAUAGUUUCCAGCAGUCGCCUGGGUCUUACUGGUACUCAUAGCGAUUUUACUUUUAAAUAUUUAUUUAUUUACGUUUUUUUUUUAAUGUAAAUUUGUAUACUUUUUAGUUUUAUUUUUAUUUAUAUGUAAUUAUGAUUUUAUAAUUAAAUACCAAAUUGUAUAUAUAAAUAUAUAUAAAAUAGGCUUAUGUAUUUACCAAAUAUUAUUAUAAAUUGUAAAAAAAAUAUGUGAAAAAAAUUAUUAUUAUUCAUCAGUAAUUUAGAAAAUAUUCUUAGGGAUAAAUAUUUUUUAUUGUAAUCUCGG